CCCACCUGUGCGCACGCGCGGCGGGGCCGGUCGGCGGUGCGGAGCUUCCCGGGUCGCCCACCCUGUUGUCAUUACCUCUGAGCCCUCUGCUGGGACCGCGAGAUCCCGCACCGACCCGCGCUGGCCGAGUCCGCGCCUCUUAGCCCUGGGGCCUCGCCGACCCGCGAGGUAGGUGUCGCUGCCCAUGGUGCCGAGGAGGACACGGGCUCGCGGGCCUCAGCGACGUGCGGCAGCGUGGGGCGGCCGGCCGGGGCCCCGAAGUUCUUCCUAAGCAGACUUGCACCUUCGGUGCUUCGGCGCCGGGGACGGGGUCUGAAGGCUUAAGGGGUCUUAAGGUCCUGAGCCUACUUUGAGAGAAUCGAGUGAAGGGCUGUGACAAACAAGAGAGUGGCCUUCGGCGGCCACCAGGUGCGCGCGCGGAAGUACUGGCCCAGGGUUGUGUGUCUGCUUCGAGAGAAGCUGGAGUCCGGAUUUCCACCAGAAACAACUUGAGCGUUAAAACCAAUCGUGAGAAGGCGAGGGAGCCCAGUAAAGAGGAAGGGGACGUGUUGACCACCUUGCACUGUCGUUCGUGUGGAUGUGUGCAGCAACAAACCGCUCUACUAUGUGUAAUUGUGAUGCACCAACAAAAAUACUGGGGGGAUCCAAAUUCAUUUAAAAAAGGAAGCAACCAACUAAGGUGGAUCCACCAUCAGGAUUACCGCACAGAGUACCAGUUUUCAGCUCCUUGUAAAGGCUAUGCGAGAGAAGGUCAUUAGUUAGGGAAGACAUCAGCUUUCUGAGAAUGAGAUCUUUGGUUACCCCCUUUUUUUUCCCCUCUGUAAAGUGAAGGCCUGAUGUGUUUGGUGCGAAAAACAGAAUGAGCCCUUCCUAGGAGUAAGGUGACCUUUGUGUAAGAGCUUUAGGCAGAAACAUGGUAAUCCAUUGUCAGUGGUUCUUCACAGUAGAAGUCAGUAUACCCUGAAGAUCCCCAUUAGUUCAGAGUCAUGUUGCUAUUCUGUGAGGUACUUUUUUCCUGAAAGUGUCUUGUCCACCAGGCCAUGUUGUGGAUGUUGAUAUACUUAAACAUCAAGGCUCCACAUCUGCUGGAACUGCUUGAAGUGGCCCCAUUGGGCUCCCCAAUUGUACACAAAUCCUAUAAGGCACACCUAUCAAAAAGGCUAAGAUUAGAAAGUAGAAUUCACCAAUGCAAACAUGACAAUAGUGUAACACUGAGACAUCAUGGGUAAUUUCCCUGCUUGUAUUUGUGUGUGUAUGUUUUGUCAUGUUUUCUUUUGUUUUGUUUUUCAGUGCUCAGUAUUGAACCCAGGACUUUGCACACGCUAGGCAAACGCUGUACCCACUGAGCUACAUCCCCAGCCCUCUUCGUAUUGUUUUAAAUUGGACUCAUAUAGUAAUCUUCAUGUGUCAGGAUUUCCUUCCUUGUACCCAUAAGGAGCACCAGGCAAUAUGAAGGUUCUUUUACUGAAAGAUGCAAAGGAGGAUGAUUGUGGCCAGGAUCCAUACAUCAGGAGCAGCCCCUGCCAAUCCAGAACUAUAUUCUUUCAUUUGCAGGAAUUAGAAUUACAUGGACUUGAAGCCACAUUGAUCCCUGUUUUAUCCUUUGAGUUUUUAUCUCUUCCCAGUUUUUCUGAGAAGCUGUCUCAUCCAGAACAUUACGGGGGACUCAUUUUUACCAGCCCCAGAGCAGUGGAAGCAGUGGAGUUGUGUUUGAAGAAAGACAAUAAAACCGAAGUCUGGGGAAAGUCUCUGAAAGAAAAAUGGAAUGCUAAGACAGUGUAUGUGGUUGGAAAUGCUACCGCCUCUCUAGUCAAUAAAAUUGGCCUGGAUGUAGAAGGAGAAAACUGUGGAAAUGCAGAAAAGCUGGCUGAAUAUAUUUGUUCCAGAGAGUCAUCGGUGUUGCCUCUUCUCUUUCCCUGUGGAAACCUCAAAAGAGAAAUCCUGCCAAAAAUGCUGAAGGACAAAGGAAUUCCAAUGGAAAGCAUAACUGUCUAUCAGACAAUUCCACACCCCGGAAUCCAAGUGAACCUGGACAGCUACUAUUCUAAGAAGGGCGUCCCAGCCAGCAUCACAUUCUUCAGUCCCUCCGGCCUGACGUACAGUCUCAAACACAUUCAAGAGUUGUCUGGUGCCAGCCUUGAUCAAAUUAAGUUCGCAGCCAUCGGUCCCACCACGGCCCGCGCCCUGGCUGCCCAGGGCCUGCCCGUGAGCUGCACGGCCGAGAGCCCCACCCCUCAAGCGCUGGCUGCUGGCAUCUGGAAGGCACUGCAGCCCCAAGGCUCCUGCUGAGUCAGCUGCGGCCCUGGCCCCACAUGGCCUGCCCACAGGGGAGGGCGACCUGCUGCCUCUGGGAUGGAGCCCAGCAUCGGGCAGUGGCUCUGGGGAGGCUGCCACCGUGAGCUCCUCCCUCAUUCCUGAAUGGAAGCACCUGGAUGGAACGCGGGGCUGCCCAGGCCAGCAGCAGGCCUCUGUGCAUGUCACUGCCCUCCGUGAAGGCCAGCUUGGAACCAGCCAGGUGCUGGCUCCUGGACUCUGCGAGAGCUUCCUGUGCCUGGCAGGAAGGAAAUCAAAUAAAGCACUCUGGCUGCCUGUGCCCACUGAGUGUCUUUAUUCAACCUGUGUGGUUUUCAGUGCGAAGCUGUGUUUGGGGCGUGGGGGAGCAGAUAUGUCCACCUCCCAUGGCUGACAAGCCUGGUAUUAAGGAUAAAAUUUGCAGUGUAUGAAGCAGGUUUAUUCACUCUAUUAAAAAAAAAAAAAAAAAAAAAAGACCUUGAAGUUCCUGCU